AUGCAGGACUCAACAACAAUGAAUCGAGCAGGUGGCCAACCACGACAGGCGGCACCAGUACCCGCCGGUUACCGGUCCGCGCAGCCACCGACGCCUAGUGCAGCAAACGGCAUGUACUACACGUCGUCUGGGCAACACUCAAGUGGCGGCGGCGCGCCCACGCCAUCCCGCGGUGGUCUGAUGGGCCAGCAGCAGCAGCAGCUCGGCUCCUUCCCGCCUUCCUCGACACUUGGACGCGGCGGACCUCCUGGCUUUGGUGGACGCGGAGCGGAUCCAAACGACUUCCCCGCGCUCGGAUCUCACAGCCAGCUGGGCGGCAACUCGUCAUAUGCUGCGCAAGCUCAACCUUCAGGCGGCUCCAACCACCUCCAGCAAAUGUUCCUGCAUCAGCAGCAACAGAUGGACUCGAGUCUCCCGCCACCGCCGCCUGGUCUCGCAGGACCCACAUCCUCGUCCACCCAGCAGCCCAACGGUGCGCCAUCUGGCGGCGAGGGAUUGCGAGACGACUUCCCCGCAUUGGGGGACAAGGACCAGAGGGUGGUCAACCUCCUUAAGAUGGGUGGAGCACCAGGGCCAGCGCAGCCCAGUUCUCCGCAGCAGUCUCUGAACGGGCCUAGCACUUCCCAGUCGACAUCUGCGACACCAUCGUCCAACCCCCCACACCUCGCGUCCGCCGGCGGCCCUCCCUCAACGACUGACUCGUCAUGGGCCCGUCAAUCUCCUUCUCGUCCGAACGAGCCUCUCGUGCGGCCGGUGCAGCAGAUCAUGUCUUCACCCGUCGACAAGUGGGGUCUCAAGGCAUUGCUGUACGAGAUUCGCACCCAGAUGGGCAAGGGCGACCGCGGAAUGCUCAUGUUUGGCGAAGACCUGAAUGACUUGGGCGUGGACGUUGCCGCGUCUGAACCCCUGUAUUCGUCAUUCGUGACACCAUGGGCCGACCCGAGCUCAAUACAGCACCCGCCUCAGAUCGAGGACAUGUUCGUCAUCCCAUCGUGCUACCACGUCGUUCCUCCACCCGUGGAGACCAAGCUGCCCAACUUCUCCGAGGAGACGCUCUUCUACAUCUUCUACUCGGCGCCUCAAGACGUCGCCCAGCUCGCCGCUGCUGAGGAGCUCUACAACCGUGGAUGGCGCUUCAACACAGACCUGCGUGUAUGGCUCACCUCGGGUCCCCUCUCGCAGAUUGACCUGCACAACGACGCCAGCUCGCGCCCCCAGGCCGUCCGUGGACCCUUCACCGUGUUCAACCCCGCCACCUGGUCGCGUCAAGACACUGCCGCCGACUUUACCAUCGAGACCCACUCGCUCGAGGCGACGCGUCCCGCGUCUGCCAUCGCUGCUGAAAAGUCGUCGCGCAAGGAGGCUGUCCGCAGCCCCAACGGCAACAACAACGCCGGCCUCCUGUCUGCCGUGAUGGGCAGUGGCAACGAGCCGUACCAGAACAUGCAGGUCGCCCAUUAG